AUGCCAGCAUAUCAUUCUACAUUUUUAGCAGAAGAACAAUCUCAAGAUAAUAGAACAAUUGGAAAUUUAUCCUUGUUACCAUUUCAUACUAAAUUUAGAGGUCCAGUUUAUCCACCUCAACAAGAAUAUGAUAUAAUUGAAGAAACAUUAGAUUUAUUUAGAGCUAAUUCAUUUUUCAAAAAUUUUGAAAUUAAAGGAAAUGCUGAUCGUUUAUUAAUUUAUGGUAUAUUAUUUGUUAGUGAUUGUUUAUCCAAAUUAUCUAAAACUACCAAUUCAAGAGAUGCUGUUAGAAUUUUAACUAAUUUAAGUCUUGAUAAUUUUAGUUUACCAGGUGAUAUUGGAUUUCCUUUGAAUUCAUUAUAUUUACCACCAAGAGAUAGAGUUGAGGCUGAUUUGUUGAGAAGUUAUUUACAACAAUUUAGACAAGAAUUGAGUGAUAGAUUGAUCAAACGAAUUUAUCAAGAUGAUGAAAACCAACCAAGCAAAUAUUGGUUAGCUUUUACAAAAAGAAGAUUUAUGAACAAGAGUUUGUAA